CACGUCACUAUUGUCAAAAAAUCGGUGUUGUGUCAGCUGAAGAAUUUGAUACGUUGUGUGUAUUUUUCCAAUCCCCCUGCUCGUUGUUCGUAUCAGUUAUUUGUACGGGUGUCCCACGUAGACCAAAGGCCGGACGUUACUUAUUGUUUCGCUGAUAACAAAAAAAAACUACACCCGCUAACGCAAAGGUGUUCCGAUUUCGUGCCCGGCCGUAUCGUUUGUUGCUCUCAUUGUUGUGUGUGUCGUGUGCGUUUCUAAACGGGCGGCGAAGUCUACCCGUGCCCAACAAUAUGUGCCAAUGGCAAAGUCUACCUCGGGAAGUUUCGAUCUGAAGGAACCUCCGCCUUGGCAAAGCUGUCAAUACUGCCUUUCACCCGCAUCGACUCGGACUGAUCAAUCGUUGCCGCAACAUCAGCAGCAGCAACAGUGGCCAUCGUACGACCAACAGUCUCACCAGCAACAACAGCAGCAGCAACAACUGUUUUUGUUCAAAAAUACCGCAGAGUUUGUAAGGCAUCUUCGCCAGCAGCACUGCACCGUGGAAGGUGGCUCGUACGUGUGUCGCUAUGGUUACAACGGUGUGUGCUCGUCGUUACCGCUGGACGGUGUUAGCGAUCGUGAUUACGACAUGCACGUAACCCGCUGCCACGUAAAUGCCCAGCAGAAGGAACCGCACGUCAAGUGGUCGGUGUUUUCGGCCGCCCAGAAUCUGCCCGCCGUACUGAACGAUCCGAGCCGGGGCAAGCAGACAAACUUCUUCACCAAGAAAUGGGGCGACGCAUUUGUCGAGGGUGCCUCGAUCGGUUCAUCGCCACGGCUCGCCGACAUCCGGUGGGACCACUUCGAUGCGUACCUGAAGCGCAUCGGCAAACGCUAUCGCGUGCACACGCGCAUCGCGAAUGUGCCGACAGCGAACGCUACUAGUCAGCAGGCGCUCGUAAGCGAUCGCCUCCCGAACGGUGCCACCGCCAGCCUGAAGGACAUACCGGAGGUGUUCCUGAAGCAGAACCUCGAACUGCACCGGCCCGCCACGUUUGCGGCUGCGUUCGCCGGCAUCGGCACGGAGGGAGGCGAACAGACGCGACAAUCGAGCCGGCAGCUACAGGAACGGCUUAGCCACUAUCUGGACAUUGUGGAAGUGCUGAUUGCGAAGCAGGUCGCAGACAAAUCGUCCGCCUUUUUCCACGCCAUGACCUCGCAGGAUGCAAUCAUGGAGCAGAUGACGGAUGCGCUGGCAAAUGUGCAACGUUUGCGGGGCAAGAUCCAACAAAUCGACGAUAUGAUCGUGAAGGAAUCGCUCCAGGUGAUCCGGGCGGAGCGGAUCCGGGCCAACAACAAUCUGGUGCUGGAAAAGCUGAAGCUUAUGUCGACGGUACACCAAACGCAACCGAUGAUACAGUUGCUGCUCAGCACGCAGGACUACGUGGCGGCACUGGAUUUGAUCAGCACGACGCAGGAAAUACUUGGCCAGGAGCUAACGGGUGUGCACUGCUUUCGCCAUCUGCCAUCGCAGCUGUGCGAAAUGGAGCUGCUGAUCGAUAAGAUGCUUAAAACGGACUUCGAGCGGUAUUCGACGGCCGAUCUUAACCGGCCAUUUCCGAGCGAUAGCGGUGAGGAGCGUGCGCUGGAGGAGGAUAAGCUAAUCUGCAUCAUCUCCGGGUUGUUGCGCAAGCGUAGCCUUGACUUUAUCGAUACGUACCGUGACGAAGCGAUCACAACGGUGCGGGCGAUCGUGAAGCAGCUCGUGAUCGAGGUGAUCGCUUCGGGCGAUGCGGAAGUAUGUUUGACCGGUGCCGGUGAAGAAGCACAAAGUUUGUCGCUCUCGGAAUGGAUCCUGCUGCUGGAAAGUGCAACCGGCACGCUGAUGAAGCUGUUGCGGCGCAUUCGGGCAGUGCAUGAUGUAAUGCAACAAACGGCAGACGCGAGUGCCGGCCGGCUGACGGACGAUGUGAGUUUCAUCGACACGGAAGCGUUCCUUUCGGCGAGCGACUACAGCGCGGUGCAGGAUAAGCUAGCGAACCUGCUGCAGAGCGUAUGCAACUACUGUCACGAGCGUUGUGCGAACCUCGUGUCGAACCAAAGCCUCGAGAAAAGUUCCGUGAGUGCGGAACAGAUCGCACAACUGGCCCAGAUCGUGGAGCGGUUUACCGACGGCUGCCAGACGGCGUGCGGUGUACAGAGCGUCCCGCUAAAGCUGGCCCUCUGCGCGCAGGGUAAUCGAUUCGCGCAAAAGUUCCACACCGAGCGCAAAUCGAAGCUGGCCCUGCUGCUGGACAGCGAGCGCUGGAAGCAGGCAGAAGUGCCGGCCGAAUUUCAGACGAUGAUCGAUUGCAUUGCGCGUGGGGAAUUCCACUGGAGCAAACCGGCACUGAAUGGACCGCAGCAACAGUCGAAUGGAGUGACUCCAUCGCCACCACAAUCGGUGCUAAAGGUGGAAGGUGAACCCUUCGCGCUGGUAGGGGCCGCCUUGCUGUUGGUGCAGAUCGUUAGUGAAUAUUGCCGGUGUGCGUCCCAGUUGCCGGUGAUUGCACCGCAGCUUGGCAGGAAUGUGGUCGAUCUGCUGCGCAUGUUCAAUUCACGGUGCUGCCAGCUAGUCCUCGGUGCCGGCGCACUUCAUGUUGCGGGCCUUAAAACCAUCACAAGCAGCAACCUGGCACUGGUGUCCCGGGCGCUCGAACUAGUCCUGUGGCUAUUGCCACACGUGAAACGUCACUUCCGCUCGCUCGACGGCUCCAGUGCGUCGUCGCUUGCAUCAGUCAACAACAACAACACCACCACUACUACCUCCGGAACGACCGGCUCACUAACGAAUGGAGGAUCGCAUCCGAUCAGCACCGCCACGUCUUCCUCUGCUGGGUACGAUUCGGUAGAGAAAGAUUUCGUCAGCCACAUCAAGGAGAUCGAGAACAAGGUGCUGUCGAUCGUGUGCGACGUAGUGACGGGUCAGCUUAACAACUGGGACGCCCGGCCACCGGUUCCGUCGCAACCGUUUCGCAACAUUAGCCGCCAGUUCGUGAAGCUGCACGAAGCGAUCGCACCGAUCCUGCCGGAAAAGCAGGUGCACGCCAUCUACCGGACGGUGCAGCGUAACUUUAAGGACAAGCUGCGGGAACAGCUGCUGAAGAACAACAUCACCAACAACGGUGGUCCACAGCACGGGGUCGUCGUGUCGGAGCUAACGUUCUACAUGGAAACGCUGCGGACGCUCCGUGCGAUGCCGGUCGCUGAACUGCACGACGAUACGAUGGAUGAUAUUUGGUUGAAGUAGCACCAGAUUCGGAACAUUUGGUACACGGAUUUACGUUAGCAUUCCAGUUUAAGGCUUGACAGCAAAAGGCAUUAUGGGGAGCAAGGUGAUUAGUAGUAAGAGGAUAGGGAAUGGUUCGUGCUUUUAGUUUUCCGACAGUAGCCAGUAUUGGCAGAGAUGGCUUUCCACUCGUGCGUUAUUAGCUUCCUUGCAUUUUAUUUAUACCAGGACGUACUUCUCCAUUGAUGGUUUGUUUUAUUUUGCGUGCACGCUGGCAAAGCCACAUUCUCCUACCCUUGCCAAAUGUUUUCGGUUGUGCAUAGUUUAUGGUUAGUAGCGGUUACUUUCUGUCCAUUAAUAUUUCCUACCAUGGGUGUGGAUUCACCUGUACAGAAAGCUUCACAGUUGCUAUUAGUAUGCUUUUUGUUUCGAAAUAGUAUUUGGUAGAGAGCAGCCUUUUAGCUACGAUUACUAUUAUUUACUUAAGUAAUUAUCGUUACUACUGUAUCAUUUCAUACCAAAAAGAAAGUGCUUUCAAUGCCAAUAUGCAACCACACACAUACACACACACUAGUAUUACGUUCAGUGCCGUUUUCUACCGUAGCAUACUGAUCCGUUUAGUAUAGUGAGCGCUUUAACAACUUCCGUUUGUAAAACCACGAAACUUUCUCCUUCCCUCCGGGGAAAACAAAGCUUCCACCCGAACUUGCUCUAGCUCGGCAAGCAGGCCAGUGGCAAUGUGCAAAGACUGCGUGCGUGUGUAGUGAGUGUAAUUACGCGACCCUGUUUUGCACGCAACGAGAGUAGAUGGCUUUGGGUGAAAGCCCUAGCAUCGUAAAUGAUAAGAACAUAUGAUAUAAUAUUGAUAAACGACAAACUUAUAACGCCACCAGCACCACCGCGUUUAGGCCUCUUGGGUUCGGACGAAAUAGGUACACAAAAAAAGAAAAAAAAAAACAAAACAUAAGGUAGAACAAUUACGGAAUACAAGUGGAAAAGGAAUACGAUUAAAUCAAUCAUUCAGUUAGCGCCUGCUAAUUUCGGCAAACCACAACACUUUGACCAAUUCUGUGCCGCCAGCAAGCAAGUGGCGGUUUUUGGAUGGAAUUACGGUGGUAGAUACGUGGAGACGUUUAGGUAAUUAUAUAUGACGAUACUGGCAGCAAAAAGGUGGAUUUAAUAAAUAAUACAAUUGGCAGCUCUCGUGUACAAACGCUGCUGCGGUUGGGAAUUAUUUAAACAAGAGAAAA